CCUACAGCAGUGACGUAAGAGCCGCGAAAAUCAAAAAAUAUCAACUUGGAGUGACUAAUUCUAUCCGAGUAGCUACAUUAUUCGGCUCAAAAUAAACGAAACAACAGGGGAACCAUGGAUGGAGCGGAUUCUAAAGGUGUUCUGAAUCAGCUGAGUGUGCUGGAGGUUCGGGCAAGAAGCCGUAAUACUCAGCCUCAGCAGCAGUGUUGUGUGAAAGAGCUACGGGCUAAAGCAGAAGCGCUGAAGAUCCAGCGAGACCAGCUGGAGGCAGAGGCACAGAUACACAAGGUGCCAGGAUUCAUGGUUCUUCACAAACUGAGGAUGUCUAUGGAAAAACAGUGUCCGCAUGAAGAAGAGGAAGCGAUGGAUGAAGAGUCUGAGAACACACAGCUUUUGCAGCUAAUGGCCAGACAUACACAACUGAAAGACCUUCUGUAUGCUCAUCAUGUCAUUGGUGGGUACGAUGUCAUAAAGACUCCUCAAAGCAAAGGAGUCUGCAUGUCCCUGACGACGGCUUACGAGGGCAUUUAUUUAGACACCUACAACCUGGAGAUAGACCUGAAACACAAGCUGACGAUCACCCGUCAUAACAUCCCACCCUUUAUUCCCCUGAAAGACCUGGCUAAACAGAGCAACAUGCAGACAAAUAUAAGAGCUUUUCUGGACACACUCAGCCUGCAUCUCAAUGCUUUUACUGGUCGCAAGCAGCAGCUGAAGUUUGUUAAGGAGCAACAUCAGUCCAUCACAGUGAUGGAGAGUAAUGUUUUGUGUUCAAGAUUGGUGCUGAUGUUCACUGUGCCAAGAGGGAAGAAUGCGGUACUCUGCAGACUGGACUACACAGACCACACCAGAUGUCUUCCCACAGGAGUCCAGUUUGUAUGUGAAGAUGAGGAGCUUCUUGAUUCUCCAGAGUGGAAGAAGAACUGCAGCCUACUCAAAGAAACACCUGUGCACAAAGCUUUGACAACCAUGAAAAAGAAUGGGAGUAUUGUGUAAUUUAUUCAGAAGUGAAGCAUUGAAUGUGUAUAAAAAGCAGUGUUUUUACACUUUCAUAGAAAUGCACAUACUCAUUGUUUAUAAUGAAAUGCUAUCAGUUAAACUUUUUGUGCAUUGAGGAAUGGUGGUGUCAAUAGUGACUCCAAACAUUCAGGUGACCCUCUUGUGUAACAUUUCCCUCUGAAUAAAUGUCAUCCUCUCCUUUA